AGACGUACUCAUACAACGACGCACGAACUUCGUCGACCCUUCUCCCCGGUGCACAUCACAGUCUCCGCAGCAACACCGAUGGCAACGGCCAAUGUCCAGCAGCAGCCACAGCCGCAGGUGGUAGCGGCGGUUGGCCGAAAGGUGGUGGACGAGGUUUCCGGCUGGCUGCGCGUGCUGGAGGACGGCAGCGUGGACCGCACGUGGACCGGCCCGCGCGAGGCCCUCCCGCUGAUGGAGCCGGUGGCGCCGUACGCGGUGCCGCGAGACGGGCACACGCUCCACGACCUGCCCGGGGAGCCGAACCUACGCGUGUACCUCCCCGAGGCGAACGUGGAGGCCGGCGGCGCGCGCCUGCCCGUCAUCCUGCAGCUCCACGGCGGGGGCUUCUGCAUCUCCCACCCGUCCUGGCUCAUGUACCACCACUUCUACGCGCGCCUCGCGUGCGCCGUCCCCGCCGUGGUGGUCGCCGUCGAGCUGCCGCUCGCGCCCGAGCGGCGCCUGCCCGCGCACAUCGACGCCGGCGUCGCCGCGCUCCGCAGGCUCCGCUCCGUCGCGCUGGCCGAGGACGACGGCGCCCUCGACGACCCGGCGGCCGCGCUCCUCCGCGAGGCCGCCGACGUGUCCCGGGUGUUCCUCGUCGGGGACAGCUCGGGCGGCAACCUCGUCCACCUCGUGGCGGCCCGCGUGGCGAGGGAGGCGGACGCGGGCAGCUGGGCCCCCCUCCGCGUCGCCGGCGGCGUCCCCAUUCACCCGGGGUUCGUGCGCGCCACCCGGAGCCGGUCGGAGCUGGAGACGAAGGCGGACUCGGUGUUCUUCACGCUGGACAUGCUGGACAAGUUCCUUGCCUUGGCGCUGCCGGAGGGCGCCACCAAGGACCACCCCUUCACCUGCCCCAUGGGCCCGCAGGCGCCGCCGCUGGAGUCCGUGCACCUGCCGCCGCUGCUUGUGUCCGUGGCCGAGAACGACCUCAUCCGCGACACUAACCUCGAGUACUGCAACGCGCUGCGCGCCGCUGGCAAGGAGGUGGAGGUGCUCAUCAACCACGGCAUGAGCCACUCCUUCUACCUUAACAAGUACGCCGUCGACAUGGACUCAACCACCGGGGAACGAGCCCGAGAGCUCAUCGAUGCCAUCAAGAGCUUCAUCUCACGCCAUUGAAUAAGGACGUAUUAUUCCGCACGUACGUGCGGGAUACUGAUCAUAUGUGCUACGUGAUACGUGAGCUGCUUGGAAUCACCAAAUUUGUUCCGGUAUAUAAAUGCUAUCAACUUCAGUUAUGUGUGGUGAUAUACCUACAUACAACCACUGGAUGGCUCCACAUGCUGUAGCAUAUAGUGAUGCAUUUCCGAAUUUCAUUCAAAACUAAAGGUCGUUACCCA